AUGAACAACAUAAUCAUUCCACAUGAAAUUGAUAUUCCAAUCAACAACUUCCUCAUUCAAAGUGAUGGAAAAUGUGGGGUUUAUUUUCAUGAUAAAGAAACACAUGAAUUGUAUCAAUACAUUCAAAAAUCACAAAGAGUAAUUAAUGUUGAACACCAAUUUGUUGGAACAAUAUUGUUCACAUUGUCAGCUAACAAACAAGCAUUCAUUACAAAAAAACAAACAAGAAACAUCAUGGUUAAAACAAAUGAAAGUAAAACACCAUCAUUAAUAAAAGUAAAUGAUGAUCCUCAAAUACUUUAUUUUAUCAAUGAUAAAACAUUGAUGAUAGUAGGAUUAAAAAGUACAACAUUGGUAUCAUUAAAUACAUUUAUUCCUUUAUCUACUUAUAAAUAUUUAAGACCAUGGAAAAUAAUACAUUACAAAAACAUAAUUGUGUUAUUAUAUAAUGAUUUAAAUAAAAUUCGAGGAAUUGUAAUAGAAUGUAUAGGAGAUACAAUAUCAAAAACAUCAGAGAUUGAUGUUAGUAAUCCAUCUCAACAAAAAGUAUCACUUCCAACAAUUCAAUUAAUAAUUAUCAUGGAAAUACCUUAUUUAGCCAUUCAUUUCAAUGUUGGACCAAUCUAUUUAUUCAAUUUAAAUAAUCCACAUGAAAUUGUGAAUAGAUAUGAAUCACCAAAUGGAAAUAUUAUUAUAAUGUCAAUUGAUGAUACAUUAGUUAUAUUUGAUGGUAAGAAAGCAUAUAUUCAUAAUAUCAUCACUUUUAAUACUAUAACUCAUUUGAAAAUAAAACAAGAAUCAAUUGAAAAAGUUAAAGGAAAAGAACAACACAAAGAAUUAAUAUUCACAAUAUCUAAAUUAUCACCAAAAUGUCCAAUUCAUAUAGUUGAUUAUCAACUUAAUAUUCAUUCUACAUUAAUAAUUCAUAAUUCUCUUCUUGUUGAUCAGAUUAAUUCAAAAUGUACAACAUUUCAUUUUAAUUAUCAAAAGUUAAAUCAACAAAUACAAUUAUUUUCAGAUGAAUGUUCUCGUUUAUUAUUCUUCAUUGAACGUCAUGCAUUUGAUGUUUGUAAAAUACUUCUUGAAGAAUAUGGAAAAAAGAAAACAUCGUUGUGGAUUGUUUGUGAAUUAUUCAGAAUUAUUGUCUCUUCCAAUUUACAAGAAUUUGAUCUUCAAAUUGCUGUUCAAUCAUUGAUAAGAAAUGUUGAUGAUCCAAAUUAUAUUGUUGGUGCUUAUCUUGAAGCAGUUAGAGCAUCAACACAAACAAAUGAAGGAGGAAUAUCAGAUGACUUACAAGCAGAUUUUAUUCAGAAAUUAAAUGGAUUAAAUAAAUUCAAUACAAUCAAAGAAUUUAUUCAACACCAUAUUGUUAAUGACAACACACAAGUUGCUUUAUCAUUAUGUAAAUCAGCAGAUGAGACAAUAGAAAGAUAUGGAUUAGAUAUGUUAAAAAGAAUCGGGGAUUAUAAAACAUUGAUUGAGUGUUUAAUUCGUAAGGGAAGAGUAGUAGAAGCAGUUCGUUUUGCAGAACAUAAAAACCUACAAUUAGAUAAAACAAUGAUAUGGGAAGCAUUAGCAAACAAUAAAAAUGAACCAAUACAAUACCAAUUACAAUGGUUCUUUCUAGAUCAUCAAUAA